AUGACUUCUGAUGCCAUCCCUCCAGAGGGCUCCAAGCCCAAAUCACAAAGCAAGAUCCGCAAACGCGCCCCAAAAGCAUGUUUGUCAUGUCGCGCUCGUAAAGUGAGGUGUGAUGUCUCGCAGCGUGGCCGCCCUUGCAUGAACUGCUAUUUGGACAGUGAGAAUUGCGUUGUUACUGGAAGAGCUUCAAGGUUCCGGAGGGCUCAACAGAGAGACGAGGCCGGGAACACAGACAAUGCGCAGGAGUCAUAUCCAUCGUAUGCUCCUGAGACCGGGGAACACGGUCAUAAUGUCGAUCCAAUCGCACCAGCAUGCAGCGACAGCAAGUCGAUACCUCUGACUGAGCCUCACGACCACCAUCACAUUCACGACUCUUAUAGCGAGGAUUCACCGCCGUUCGUCGCCGAGAAUGAGAGACAGAAGAGCCCGACGGUGCAAGUGAACAACCGCCGCCAUGAGCAAGCGGCGCAGGCCUUCAAGUCUUCCGGCACAAGCGGAACAACUUCUGAACAGUUACCCGGCAAUUCGUUGCAUAUGCAUGGAGUAGUACCAACGGCACUAUGGUCCAGCGACCAGCGCAAUAGCCUCAAUCUCGACAUCACAUACUCAUUCUACCCAUUCCUCACUCUUGGUAGCCUCCACAGCAUCCCACCUCAAGAUGUCAACUUUCUCGAGCUUCAGGGUUGCCUGAAAAUACCAACGCGCGCAACGCUCGACGAAUUCGUUCAGCAGUACUUCCUCCAUGUUCAUCCCCUCCUCCCAAUGCUCAACGAGGGUGACUUCUGGGAUGUCUACUGCACGAGUCCCUCCAAUGUCCCCGGCGAGAGAAUCUCCCUCCUACUGUUCCAGGCGAUGCUCUUCGCUUCUUGCAAUUUCGUCUCCCGUCAAACCAUCAAGACUCUGGGUUUCUCUACGAUACGUGCUGCCCGCGCCGCCUUCUACAGACGUGCAAAGCUUCUGUACGAUUUUGAGGCCGAAUCCUCCCCCUUGGCAAUCUCUCAAGCCGCUCUACUGCUAUCCUUCAGAUCUCCUCCGUCAUCUCCAGCCCUGCGAAAAUCAAACACAGCAUGGCUCUCAAUUGCGAUUCAAAAUGCAAGAACAGUUGAAGCGCAUCACUAUGCUACACGAACCGCUCCUCCCAAAAAGCGCAAUUUACUUAAGCGACUGUGGUGGUGCUGUAUCAUCCGCGACCGUAUCGUUGGCUUAGGCAUGCGCCGCGGGUUACAAAUCACUCGCAACCAUUUCGACUUUGAUUCGAAUGGUAUCCUAAGCUACUCCGAUCUGGCGGAUGAGAUUGAGAGAAGUCGUGUAUACAAUCCUGGCACGAAGCGUUGUCUUGCUGAGAUCUUGGAACAGCUGGUUGAGCUUUGUGUUGUGCUCACUGACAUUCUGAUCUUGGUAUUUCCACUAGAUGAUAGUCCUGGCUGGGGCCGGGAAAUGCGACCCGAGGAGCAGGACAAGGUCCGUGGCUGUAAAGUUGCGUUGCGUAGAUGGUACAAAGGCGCCGCGUUGAGGUUUCCCAUGUUUGGGGGUGGCUCCGUUGCAAGAAUGAAGUCUCCUGGGAACGAGUUCCAGCAUGAUUCAGUGAUAUUGUACACUAACCUGAUGUACAUGUACUAUCACUCCUCUCGUGUGGUCCUUAGCCACCAUGAGGUCCUUCAUUUGGCCAUUACCGCUGCUGCUCCAUUGUUCAGCGCAAUACCCACAUCGGACCUCGUCAUUAUUGGCGAGAAUAGACAAGAGCUUCAGGAUGCGGCUUCUGGAAUCACUGAGUGCCUAAAGGAGCUCAUCCAUCUCCGCCUCGCUCGCUGGCUACCAAUCAGCGCCGUCGCAUGCACAGCUUUGCCUCUCGUCCUUCAUAUCCUUGACGUGAAACUGGCAUCUUCCUCACGAUCAUUCGAUCCCAACACACAGUCAGCUCUCAAGCAGCAUCGCCUCAACAUUCUUAUUGAAGCAAUGAAAACGUACCAGCCUCAAUACGAUGGCGUCGAUUGGGUGAGCGAAGCAAUUCGCCAUAUCGUGAACCUUGCGCAACUGGACCCACCUGCUGGGGAGUCAGGCAACGCCAAUGAAGGCAGCACCGUAAACACAGACUGGACGGACAUACUCGCCUCUCAACCUAGCUCAUACCUCCGCCUCGCACUCACUAUGGACUUAUCAUUGAGCAAAGGGCGACUUCCAGAGGACGGCGACUUUCCUGUCAGUUUACGCGGUCUCUUCACCAGAGACUCCAACCCACUUAAGGCUCUCAUCGAGCGGAAGCGGAAGGAGAGUACAGUAGGGUUAGACAGCCUGGGUAUGGGCUCCGCGGUGUCUAAAGCUGGAUUCGAGGCCAAGUACAUGCGGCCAAACCUCUUCCGCAUGCAACCGGGGACAGUGACGGUACUUUCUUCUGAUGAAGACACAAAUUCGCCGGCCUCAGCAGGUGACCAAAGCCAAGAUAGCACAACAGACGACACAUCCCCUCGGAACGGAGAGGAGUAUCAUUUGAAAAAUGGGGACGUGAACAUGACGGAUCGGCCGCCGUCUGAAGGUAUAGAUGGGCUGGCAGCAGAAGUUCUCGCCGCGUUUCCGCUGGAUGACCGGUCUGUUGAAAUGGAAGGAGACUUUGAUGGUUUGUAUUUUGAUGGCAUGCCCGGCUACGAUGGCCCUAACGGUUGGAUUGAUAAUGCGUGGAACGAGCUUACCCACGAAGAGGACAGAACGGACCGGGAUACGGCACGAGUGUUGCUCGAGGCUUUGAAGGAAGGCGAAUUAGUCGAAUGUGCCGCUUGA